AUGUCCAUACUGGAAAUCCUUUUACACAAUGGUGUUACAGUCAAACAGGAGCACAGCGCCACCUGUCGUCCCCCAGCGGGAACGGUCUCUGAUUGGUUUCGGCCGUUGCCUGGAUACAACCCAACAAACGCGGACACAGACACAGCUGUUAACUCUAAUGAGCCACAACUAAAAAUCAUCCCUCACGGUCGACGAACAGGCUCCAGUAAACGAGCGUCCUCGGCUGAGGAAGCCAGCAGGAUGAUCCAGCCGCAGGAUCUCCGACAGGUCACCGUGUUAUCAAGGGGUGACUGGCUGAGGAUUCAAGAUGAACUGAACCAGGUUGAUAAAGACAAGGAGAGUGUGAGAGAGGCAGCGAAACAGAGAGAGGCCCUGCACCUGAAGUCAAAGGAGGUGGUGAAACUCUGGUCAAAUACCAUCGCUGGUCAAAGGCAAAAAAAGCUAGAGGCAAAGAAGAUCCGGGAGGAGAUUGAGGAGGAGAAAAAGCUGGCUGAUAAAGAAGAGGCAGAAUAUCGGCAGCAGCAGCGGAAAGAGGCCAUAGAAAAAGCUAAAACUAAGCUGUAUUAUCAAACCGACCGCGUUAAAGGGUUACAUCGCGGGCUCUUGCUGACAGAGGUGCUGAAGGAGAGGGAGGCUCAGAUUGAACUGAAGCAAAGAAACAAGAGUGCCUCUAAAGAUGUGGACAAACAAUACCUGGACAUGGUAAAGACCAGAGAGGACGAAGCCUCGAGACAGGAGAAGGAGAAGGCGCUUCAGAAAAAGCUUGAGAGGCAGGCUGUUGCAGAGGACCUGAAAAAACAGGUCAAAGAAAAUGAGCUAGUGAGAGAGAGACAGAAGUUAGAGGACGAGAGGGACAGAGAGGAAACCCAACGCCUUCAAGAGCUCUACCAGUGGGAGCAAAGAAUGGAGGAAGAAAGACAAGCAAAGCUAAAGAGAAACCUUAUGCACACUCAUCUGGAACAUAUUUCCAAUAGAGACCUCAUAAGAGCGACAGAUGCACAAAAACAAGAGUCGGAAGAGGAGCAAAGAAAACUUUUCCUCUCUGCAAAACAAAAAAUGAUUAAGUUGAGGAAAGACAAAGAGAAGGAAUUGUUCAGCAAAGCCCAGAUGAGCAGAGAGAGGAUCGUGAACGAGCUGAGUGCCACGCAGAAGGAGCAAGCUGAUGACGAGGAGAAGAGGAUUGCAAAGGCUGUCGCUGAGCAGGAUGCAAAACAGGCCCGACAGCAGAGGGAGGAGGAGGAGAAGAAGGCUGCCGUGUUAGAGUCCAUCACUGCACACAGAGAACUCAUGAGAAAAGAGAAGGAGCAGAGAGACAAAACAGCCCGACAGAGCGCCCGAGACGCACUUCAAGCCAAGAAAGAGGCAGACAGAAUAUUUUCUGAGAAACAGCAACUAAAGGCGCAGAAGUUCAAAGAAGAAGGAAAGAAACUACAAGACUUCUAUGCCACACAAAUGGCUGAAAAAAAUUGCCAGGCGUCAGCAGUUGAUAAGAGAGACGAACAGGAGUUUGAAGUGAAAAAUGCAGAGCUCAUAGCUGAAGAGGAAAACCAGUUUCAGCAGUAUGCAAAGGACAUCAUCAACGCAGCGGCGGAGGCUCAGAGAAACGUGUUUCCACUGUGCAAAGCUGCAGGGGAACGGACUGGAGGAGGACUUGGUACAGUUUUUUGUGGAGUCAGGCCCAGCUACCUGGUGCAGGACCGUACUGGGGCUCAAAUGCCCAAAUUUGUUUCUGAUGCCACUCAGAGCAUUAAAAAGCUUCAUGAAGCCGUAGAUAUUCAGGACGCAAAGAGGAGACUUGGGUUUACGUGGUCGUAG